AUGGGUCGUCGUCCAGCACGUUGUUAUAGAUAUUGUAAAAAUAAACCGUAUCCAAAGAGUCGAUUUUGUCGUGAUCCAAAAAUUAGGAUUUUUGAUCUAGGGCGAAAGAAGGCAAAUGUCGACGAAUUUCCUCUUUGCAUUCAUUUACUUUCUGAUGAGUAUCAACAGUUGUCAAGCGAAGCAUUAGAAGCUGGACGUAUUUGUGCCAACAAGUAUAUCACAAAAAUGGCUGGCAAAGAUUCUUUCCAUUUGAGGGUUCGUGUUCAUCCCUUCCACGUUAUUCGUAUCAACAAAAUGUUGUCCUGUGCUGGUGCUGAUAGGCUGCAAACUGGUAUGCGAGGUGCAUUUGGUAAGCCAACUGGUACCGUUGCUCGUGUUGAUAUCGGACAAAUUAUUUUCUCCGUUCGUACCAAAGAGAACGGUAAGGCGGUCGUGAUUGAAGCACUCAGACGUGCAAAGUACAAAUUCCCCGGUCGCCAAAAAAUUGUGGUGUCCAAAAAAUGGGGAUUCACAAAGCUGUCUCGGGAAGAAUACGUGGAUAAACGACAAGCCGGCCUCUUGCAGCCAGAUGGUGCUUAUGUGAAAUACCUUUCUAAUCAUGGACCUCUUCACAAACAUCUUGCACAGAUUGCACAGAUUGCACAGAUUUCCUCUUAA